AAAAGUUGCUGAAAUGUGUCCGUCCUAUCGCUAGUGUUUAGAAAGACUCAAUACGGACAGUAUAUAGUGUCUCAUUAUUGCUUAUUUUUUCAGUGGACGAUUGGAAAUGCAGGUCAUCAGACGUUUGCACAUACACAGGAUGGAGCUGCGACCACUUGUGAUGUGCUUUGCUCUCUGUGUGGUGUAUGCCACCAGCAAACCCACAGAGAAGAAGGAACGUGUUCACCCAGACGAACCCCUCAGCAACCGAGACCACGAUGAUAACGAAAACUUUGACUAUGACCAUGAAGCCUUUCUGGGACAAGAGGAGGCCAAGUCCUUUGAUCAGCUCACACCAGAGGAGAGCAAGGAGAGGCUCGGCAUGUUGGUUGAGCGUAUAGACGAGGAUAAGGAUGGCUAUGUGACAGCUGAGGAGAUGAAGAGGUGGAUCAAGCAUGCCCAGAAGAAAUGGAUCUACGAUGAUGUGGAUCGACAGUGGAAGAGCCAUGACCUCAAUAGUGAUGAUAUGGUGUCCUGGGAAGAGUACAGGAACGCCACAUAUGGCUACAUUCUUGAUGAUCCCGACCCUGAUGAAGGCUUCAGCUACAGGCAGAUGAUGGAUCGCGAUGAGAGGAGAUUCAAAAUGGCUGACCAAGACCAUGACCUGAAAGCAAACAAGGAGGAGUUCACAGCCUUCCUUCACCCCGAGGAGUACGACCACAUGAAGGACAUUGUAGUGUUGGAAACAAUGGAAGACAUUGACAAGAAUGGAGAUGGUUUAAUUGAUUUAGAUGAGUACAUAGGGGACAUGUACAACCAGGAGGGAGACUCGACAGAACCUGAAUGGGUGAAGACAGAGAGGGAACAGUUUAAUGAAUUCAGAGACAAAAACAAAGACGGAAAGAUGGACAAGGAGGAAACCAGAGACUGGAUCCUGCCCAGCGACUACGACCAUGCUGACGCAGAGGCCAAGCAUCUGGUCUAUGAGUCGGAUUCAGACAAGGACGGACGUCUGACCAAAGCAGAAAUCGUGGAUAAGUACGAUCUGUUUGUGGGCAGCCAGGCGACCGACUUCGGAGAGGCUCUGACUCGACACGACGAGUUCUAAAAUCCUCGGCUUCCACAGACUGUGUUCAUCUUACUCCUCUUACAGCAGUUUGAGUUUUUCAAACAAGAUGAGCUUGUCUAAUCCAAAACCACGGACAAUAAUUUAUUUGAUUUGUUGAAUGUGUCCCAUUGUACACACACUUACACUACACAUAAACAGUGUGACCUCAUGCUGACGUUUGUGUUGGUUUGGGAUAUUUAGCCGGCCUUUGCUCUGCUUCCACACACUACUCUUCCAUUUCUAGGUCAGGCAAUGAACAAACAGUGUUAGGUGACAAUAGGUUUCUCUAUUAAAUGAAAUAGCCUUUUUUUUUUUUAUAAAACCCUUAUAGAUCAAAUUGUAUUUUGCAGUAUACACAAGUUUUGUUUUGUUGCAAUGCACUGGAAUAUGAAGAGCAUAUUUCUAGACGGUAGAAUUUGUUUUACUGCUGUCUAAUCAUACAAUCGGGCCCAAACUGAAUACUGGAGUUGCAGAUUCACUUGUACUUUGUUUUUUUUAGUCUUUGUUGAUCAUAAAGUGGUAUGGCCGCAGGAAAGGGUGUUUGGAACGAGGAGUAAAUAUUAGAUUCCAGUGACGAUGAAGACUAUUUGGACUAGUGCAGUACAGUAUUAUCAGUGGGACCACGCUGUGUUUGCUAUACUGGUCCCCAAAGCAUCCAUGUUAACACAAGCUGUGGGUCCUACAAAAGGACGCGUUGUGUGUUAGUUGAAGGAAUCAAUAAUUUAUGAUUUAAGGGCUGAUGGAUGCUUUGUCCGCAACACUGCCUUCUUUCUUUUUCGUAACCUCAAUAGUGUGUGUGUGCGUGUGAAUCUGUGUGUACAUAUAUUACUUGUAUUCUUGACCUUUUUCCCAAUUUUUUUAUGUUUUGUUGAAUUCAGCUGAACUAACUAUUUUGUGUGCCAAGCAAAAAACUCUGUCCUGUUUUGUAAGUGGUAUGAAAAAAAAAGCAUCCCCCCCCCUACAAACACCUCCCCCUCCUAAAUGUAUUUGUUAAGCUUGUAUUAUCACCAUUUAUAACCACUGUUGAGAAUUUUUAUGGUAUACUAUAAUGUAUAUGACAAUGUUUUUUUUACAGGCUCACUGCAGCGGCCACCCUUUCACUAGAGACUUUACUGUAAAUAUGCUGUUGGUCUGCAAACUGAGCACUCUAACAAUCAGGUCCAGUUUUUGUGAUUGAGAAGAAUGUCUCAAUAAAAACAACUACAAUCGGA